CACCAUCACCAGCAGCAGCAGUGUGCUGUGAGUAUUUCUAUGUAUAUGUGUGUAUGAGCGCAGCCAGAUCUUAGUGCAAAUGCGCAGCGAGGCAGACCUCCCUGGUCCACGCUGGUUCAGUGUUUUUGGAGCCUAACCUGUGGGUCGUUGCACCGCUGAGAGAAGCAUGAAAACUGGGAUCCUGCAGCUCUCAGGACGAGUGAGAAGAAGGUGCGCACCACCGAGCUGAAGCCUCAGGGCUGUCAUUAGGGAACCAUGUGCAGCUCCCUGAGCCCCAAACAGCCCAUCGGCCCGGGCCUGACGGACAUGCAGCAGUACCAGCAGUGGCUCUCCAGCAGACAUGAAGCCAGCCUGCUGCCCAUGAAGGAAGACCUGGCCCUGUGGCUCACUAAUAUGCUCGGUCUGGAAAUCACUGCUGAGACCUUCAUGGAUCGCUUAGACAAUGGCUCCCUGUUGUGCCAGCUGGCUGAGACACUACAGGAGAAGUUCAGGCAAAGUAAUGGAUACCUGCCUGCUCUUGGCAACAGCAAGAAUGUUCCCAGUCGAAGGAUACCGUGUCGCCGGAGCGCUCCCUCUGGAUCUUUCUUUGCACGGGACAACACAGCCAACUUCCUGGCCUGGUGUCGUGAGGUUGGAGUUGGAGAAACAUGUCUGUUUGAGUCAGAGGGUUUAGUUCUUCAUAAGCAGCCACGAGAAGUUUGCCUCUGUCUGCUAGAGCUGGGCCGGAUAGCAUCGCGGUACAAUGUGGAGCCUCCUGGACUCAUAAAACUGGAGAAAGAGAUCGAACAAGAAGAAACGGCACCUCUACCUCCUCCAUCACCCGUCUCCCCGGCUCAGCCUCUCCCCACGUCUCCUUCCUCGUCGCCUUCCCCAUCUCCUUCCCAAUCCCCGACUCCCACCAAAGUGACUUCCAGCAAAAAAAGUACAGGGAAGCAGUUGGAUGAUGCUGUGAGGCAUAUCGCUGAUGAUCCACCCUGCAGGUGUGUGAAUAAAUUCUGUGUGGAGAGACAUUCGCAGGGUCGAUACCGUGUUGGGGAGAAGAUGCUCUUUAUACGAAUGCUGCACAACAAACACGUGAUGGUGCGAGUCGGUGGAGGCUGGGAGACCUUUGAGAGCUACCUGCUGAAACACGACCCGUGCAGAAUGCUCCAAAUCUCCAGGGUGGAGGGCAAAACGUCCCCCGUCAGCAGCAAGUCCCCCAACAUCAGGGACCUCACCCCGGACAGCUACCUGGUGGUGGCAGCCCACUACCGCAGCAAGAAGUAAAGACUGAAAAGUGCCAUUGAUAAAAGGACACAGAAGAUGACUUUGUGCUGGGCAACAUGUCCGCUGUUCUUAUGAAUAUUAAAGCUAUAGUACAGCAGCAUUUUUUGGAGAGCACUGUUGAAGAAUAAGGAUUUGGUUGGUGUGUUUGUGAUGAGAUUAAGCUUGAAAUUACACUAGUGGGCCCAUGAUGUUGCAUUUUAUUUACUUUUAUAGAACUGCUUUGAAAAAUGUGUUGAUCUUUACAUUAUAAUGAGUUAACUGGUUGCAGCAGAAUGUGUAGAUUGUUUUCAGUUUUGUUUUUCAAUCAAUAAUUGUAUUUGAAGCAAUACAUGACUUAGAUUAGGUAUUUUCUGCCUUUAGCAUACAUGCUCCUCUUAUAAAACUGUAAUGUAACGAGCUUAUGGCAUGUGACUGCAUAAACACAACUUUUUAAAAAAUGAAAUCAAGCAAAGGGUGAACAUUUCAGCACCUUUGUGAAGUCAGUGUUCCUUGGCAAUCUGAUGUGGAUUUCUUGAUUUGUGUGUGUGCUAGUAGAGUUUCCAUCCAGACAAUGGAUUGUUUCUCCUCCUUUUUAAAAAAAAGUGGUCUCAAGGUGAAUUUUAGCUGCAAUAUAAUCUUACAACCCAAAGAAAAUGACCAACGCUUUAUAUGAUCAUUUAAAUAGUAUUCCUCUAGAAACGGACAACUCUCUCAUAGAACCUAACAUUCAUCAUGAAAUGUGACAGUUUUUAAUUCAUAAUGCAUUUCUCAGAAGAAAUCUUAAUGUUUAGAUCUUAAAAAAACUCCUCUAUGCAAUACAUUACAUACUAUUAUCAUUUAAUUGUAUUAUUCAUUAUUAGAAUAGCUCUUAUGUUUUAUAUAAUUACUAUACAGACAAUCACAUGUACAAACGAACCUGAUUUAUUAUAAUAUGCCUACAGCAAAAUUACUAAUUUGAGACGCUGCGUUUCUUCAGUUUGUUGUAUGUUACUGACCUCUAGAGGUGAUGAAAUCAAUUAAAUCUGAGCACAAUAUCAGCCUCUUAGGUUUGGAUUUUUACCGUUAAGAGAUAUAAUCCAUUGUUUUUUAAACGCAGUGCAUUCAUUUGUACAGUUUUGUUUCUGGAAAUGCCUUAAAAUGAUCUAAUUUUACUUUUCAGGUGUUAAAUUUCAAUAAAUUUUAAAAACUUUUUUUGCUUCA